GAAGUUGCAAAUAGUGAUGAAUAUCAGGCAAUUGGCAGCAAAUUCUUUUUCCGGAAAUAAACCAGUAGCCAUGCUAACUGAUUUGUGGAAGAAUUACAUCUUCUACUGGAUUGGUCGUGCACAAGAUGCUACAUUACAGAAUCCAUCUAAUGUCAUCUAUGCAACUAAGUUUCAGGACAUCCACCAAGCUGCAACGUUUGCAUGGGCUUUGUUGAUCCCUAAAUUGGUAAAUGGCUUUCCUGAGACAAUUCGCAAUGACUUUCCUGUGGUUGAGAAAAGAGUUCUGAUCAAGUACAAGGAUCUGAAAGCCUAUGGUGUUCCAUUUUAA